UCCGGGCGGCGCGCGAUGCUGGCGGCGGCGGGCAGCUCCAGCUCCGGCUCCGGCUCCGGCCCCGGCCCCGGCGGGGCGGGCGGCGCCGGGCCGGUCCUCGGCGGCGACGGGGACUUCCUGUCGCGGUACCGGCUGGUGUCGGCCAAGCUGCGGCGGCGGUUCCUGCGGAAGCCGAACGUGGCGGAGGCGGCGGAGCAGUUCGCGGCGCUGGCGCGGGAGCUGCGCGCCCAGGAGAGCCUGCCCUACGCGGCCUGGUGCCAGCUGGCCGUGGCGCGCUGCGCCCAGAGCCUCUUCCACGGGCCCGCCGAGGCGGCCGCCCUGGCCGAGGCGGCGCGGCUCUUCCUGCGCCAGGAGCGGGACCUGCGGCAGCGCCUGGGGCUGCGCGGCGGCUUCGGCGAGCACGUGGCGGCGGCGCAGAGCUGCGGCGCCUUCGCCGCCCGCCUGCACCUGGAGCGGGGGCAGCCGGCGCUGGCGGCCGGGCUGUGCCUGGAGCUGGCGGCGGCGCUGCGCGACACGGGCCGGCCCGCCCGCGCCGCCGCGCCCCUGCAGCGGGCGGCCGAGCUGCUGGCGGCGGCGCGGCUGCCCCUGGAGGCGCUGCGCUGCCUGGCCGAGCGCGCCUCCUGCCUGCUGCUGGGCCGCGACUACGCCGGCGCGCUGGCGGCGCUGACGCGGGGCGCGGCGCUGGCCGGGGCCGGGCUGGGGCUGGGCGGCGCCGGGGCCGCGCCCGCGCCCGGCGGCGCCUUCCUGGACGUGCUGGCGCGCUGCGAGGUGUCGCGGGUGCUGCUGCUGCUGCUGCUGCAGCCGCCGCCCGCCAAGCUGCUGCCCGAGCACGCCCGGACGCUGGAGCAGUACUGCUGGGAGGCGCCGGAGGGCGGCGCGGGGCCGGGGCCCGGGCCCGGGGGCGGCCCCGGCGCCGGCGGCGGGCUGCCGCCGGCGGCGAGCUACCUGCCGGCCGAGCUCUUCCUGCUGUUGCAGUCGGCCGUGUUGGCGUGCCAGGAGAAGGACGCGGAGGCGCUGAAGGCCCUGCAGGCCGAGCUGUGGCCGCUGCUCAGUGCCGAGCAGAACCACCUGCUGCACCUGGUGCUGCAGGAGAUGCUCAGCCCCGCCGGACAGGGGCUCUGAGCGCCGCCAGCACGGACGGGCCUUGCCCAGGCUUGGACUUGUUACUUAAGCCGUGAGCUGUGUCAGCGUUAAUAGGAGUGCUCCAACAGAAGCGAGUGAUAACUGAGAAGCGAAUGCCUUCACCCACUCGUUUAUCUUGCGUGUUGGAAGUUGUCAUGAUCGAAAAAGCGUAAUCCCAAAGCAGAAAGGCCGAUUUGAGGCAGAACCAGGCUGUUCCUUGAAGAACCGGCUGCAGUUUGCAGACAGGAAAACUUGCUGGGAGCGUAUCGCCCUGGGUACGUGUGUUGGAGGGUUUGCACAUCUGGGAGGCAAAUGUUGCUGGAGUUGCCUUUUAAAAAAAACCCACCACAUUAAAGUGAGAUUUUAA